GUAGAAAUAUCAAGCGUACCCGAUGUUUCGAUAAGGCUCGCCUAGUUUUGCGCGAUUCCGAUUGGAUAUGCGUGGAUUAACGCUCACUCUGAUUGGCUACAUCCCUCUUGUACAUGCUCCGUCGGACCAGGAAGGAAUUGAGGUUAUAUGUAUCACGCCUACUCCGUUUAGAGCGCGUGUUUACCUGUCGUCUCUCCUUGUCUUAAUGUUAGCUUGUCAGUCCGUGGGGGCUGAUCAAGAUAACUACAAACAAUGUCUUUGAUCAAUGUAAUUUUGAAACUCAUAGUGCUUACGGGAGUGUCGGUUUUGAUAGUGUUAUUCCUGCGGCACUGGAUGGACACAAAACAGUACGUUUUCACUCAAGAAGAUGUUGCCAAAUUGGCCAAACAGUAUGCAGGUCAGGACCACGACCAGGCUUUCUCCAAGGUGGUUGUCGAGCUGAGGAGGAAGUACCCGGGUCACAUCCUGCCAGACGAGGACCUCCAGUGGGUGUUUGUGAACGCUGGGGGAUGGAUGGGCUCCAUGUGUCUGCUGCACGCCUCCCUGACGGAGUACGUGCUGCUGUUUGGCACGGCGGUAGACACAGGAGGACACUCAGGGCGCUACUGGGCAGAGAUCUCAGACACCAUCAUCUCCGGAACGUUCCGCCAGUGGAAGGAGGGAUCUACCAAGAGUGAGAUCUACUACCCUGGUGACACGAUCGUCCACAGCAUUGGCGAGGCCACGUCGGUGCAGUGGAGCGCGGGCACCUGGAUGGUGGAGUAUGGCCGUGGCUUCAUCCCCUCCACGCUGGGCUUUGCCCUGGCUGACACCCUCUUCAGCACCCAGGACUUUCUCACGCUUUUCUACACGGUGCGGGUGUACGCCAAGGGCCUCCUGCUGGAGGCUAGCACCCUGCUCACUGAGACUGGGGUUCUCUGAGGGCGGGGAGGUUGGAGGGGGACAGGGGGGACCACCUCUGGGACAUGUUCCAUGAGCCAGAUCCAUGCAGAGGAUGUGUUGUGUUUUAAUACUCUGUCACCCUCAGAACUGUGGAGGGAUAAGUGAAUGAGGUGGGAAUCACCUGUCUGGAAGAAAAUAUGCUGAAAUGUGUUAUAUGCAGUCAACCAACCUGCCCUCAUAUCUGCUCCAGUCCAUUGUUUAGUGAAAGGCCUGGAUGUUGUUAGUUUUGGACACUUUAGGAGUGUCUGAUAGGGUCCUGUUAUCGUUUGUUUGUCCUGUCCAUGUUGACGAACCAUAGUCCCAUGUCAAACGAAGGUGGUAAACACUAAUUCACUUUAUACUUGAUUGUAAAUUGAUACUGAACUGAAUAAAAAGACCGUACCAAUAAAUGUUUUGAGGUAUGAAAUGUGGCCGUUGUGUUAUUUUAGGCGUCACUAAUUAUUAAUAAUGUGUGUAUUAAAGAAUAAAGUAUUUUUGUUUGUU